AUGGAUUGUAGUACCCAUUGGAGAGAUGUAAAAAAUACUACUCUCUUAGCGAUCACAGACUCAAUCAAAAAAAGUGCCAGAGGGCAAGAAGUCUACGAUGCUGCGUGUCAGGAUUUAGAUUUAGAAGAAAAGGAAUAUUUUGGUCUAUCCUACACAGAUUCAGCUCAAGUGACGCAUUGGGUUGAUCCUACCAAGAAAAUUAGAAAACAAGUGCCUAUUGGUCCACCAUUUUCUAUGCGAUUUCUAGUGAAAUACAGUAUUGCAAAUCCUGAUGAACUUCAAGAAGAAGUUACUAAAUAUUUGUUUUACCAACAUAUUCGUAAUGAAAUACUCUAUGGAAGGCUUGAAUGUCCAACUGAUACCUUAACCAAACUUGCUGGAUACGUUUUGCAAUCUGAACUUGGCGACUUUGAUGAAGAGGUGCAUACAGAGGGCUACGUCUCUGAAUUUCGCUUUCUUCCUGAAAUGAUACAGACUGAAGAAAUAGAAGCCCAAAUUGUGGAUUAUCACAAAUUAUGCGAGGGCCAGACACCGGCAGAGGCUGAGAAAAAUUUUCUUACCAUUGCGAAAACAAUUGAUAUGUAUGGUGUUGAUUUACAUUAUAUUUUGGGAGAUUUAGAAAUUGGUCUGGCACCUAAUGGAAUUAUCAUUCUUCGAAGAUCCAUUAGAAUUGAAUUUUUUUACUGGCCAAAUAUUGUUAAUUUAGAAUUUAAAGGGAAGAAAUUUAUAAUUGUCGCCAAAGGGGAAGGAGAGGAUUCUAGUAAGAUUAGAAAUGAGUUUAAAUUGGGUAGUGCAAAGGCUUGUAAACAUUUAUGGAAAAGCGCUAUUGAGCAACAUUCCUUUUACAGGCUUACUAUACCUGAUGGCCCUGUAAAGAGAAGAUUCAGCUUAUUUAGAACACGCUCCAGUUUCAGAUUCAGUGGUCGUACAUUGUAUCAAGCUCAAAGUAUGCGAAAGAAAGCUCCUCGUCAAUCUAUGAAUGUAAAAAGACCAUCUGUAACGAGAGUUGAUGUAUCGGUCGUAAAAAAAUCGAAAUCUGAACAUGAAAUUGACGGACCAGCUAAUGUAGUGAUCAAUGCUCCCACUGAUUCAAAAGCAAGUAACGAUGAUCAUCUGUAUACGGAAGUAAAAAUUGCAGAUCCUCUACCAGAAGAUACUACAGAAGAAUCUGGACCGUUAUGUGAAGAAAUUAGGAAACAUAUUGUCGACAGGGAUGAAUCAGAAUUAAUCAGAACAUGGAAAAGAGAGAAAAAGUUCCUUGAAAGUCUAGAUGAUGGUGAUAAAGAUGCAGCACAGGAUCUUGAAGAAAUUAAAGAUCUAUUAAGUAAAUUGGCGAAGUAUUUAGAUGUUCGAAUGAAUAGCCGUAAUAUGUACAAGAAAUGUAGUAAAGAGAAGGAAUUACUUGAAAAAAUCGAAGAAUUCAAGAGAGCGCGAAAGCAAAAAACUGCUAGUGUUUAUCAUGAAGGGCUGACUACUACAGUGUCUGAUUCAGGAUCAAGUUACGCUGCUACGACUGAACAGCUACUUCAAGCUGCCAAUGUUGAUCACUCUGAUGAUAGCGAUAUUGAGACUACAGACCUUUAA